AUGCCUGGCUCUGCAUCAACCUCGAUUCGAAGCCGCUCGCCUCAUCCUCCAGAGACACCGCAAGUCGUAUUGUCUCUACGAGAUGACUCAAAGUCUGUCGAAAUGGUCGAACUCACCCGUAACCCCGGGUCAUCCAGGCCGGAUAGCGUUGCAAAACCCACUGACCUGUCCUCAGCUCCUCGUAGCAAGGCCAACAUCCAAUUUGCGGCAAUGUGCUGGUCCCUCUUUCUCGCUGGAUGGAAUGACGGCACCACUGGCCCCUUGCUGCCUCGCAUACAGAGCGUUUACCACCUCGGAUUCGCCGUCGUUUCAUUGAUCUUCGUGUUCAACUGCGUGGGCUUCAUUACCGCCGCAGCGGCCAACGUCGCCCUCACAGACCGCUUUGGUUUGGGCAUUGUCAUGGUCAUAGGAUCUGCGGCGCAGAUGAUCGGCUACGCUCUGGCUGCGCCUGCGCCGCCCUUUCCAGUGUUUGUGAUGGGAUAUGCUGUCAACGGGUUCGGUAUUGCACUUCAGGUAGCCAUCACACUCUACUUGACAAUGCGUCAAGCUGAGCCAAUGGUGCAGGAUGCAGGUGCAAACGGAUAUGUUAGCAGUCUGCAGUCCGGAGCAGCGACGAAGAUGGGUUUGGGCGCAUUGUGCUCACCUCUUGUAGCAACACAAUUCUCACAGAUGCGUCACUGGUCUUUCCAUUACCUGAUUUCAUUGGCCGUUGCUUCCAUCAACUUGGUCUUCCUCGUUGCGGUGCUCCGUUUCAGGACGCUGGAUGAAUGUCUGGCCGAAAUCGGGCAGACGCCUGCUGAGAAACAUACCAGCAAUGAAAGCAAAUAUAAGCAGAUUUUCCGCCUAAGAGCAUUGCAUCUUCUAGCUUUCUUCAUACUCGUUUACGUUGGUACGGAGGUUACGAUUGGCGGUUGGAUCGUCACAUACGUUAUUGAUGUGCGUUCUGGUGGUCCCUCUUCCGGAUACAUUUCGUCGGGAUUUUUCGGAGGUAUUUGCCUGUCCUUCGCUAUUUCUAUAGUUCUAUCUAGUCAUUUUCUCAUCGCCGUCGAAGGACUUACCCUCGGCCGCGUUGCGCUUCUUUGGGUCAACAAAGCGGUUGGCGAACGCUAUGCGAUCUUCCUCUACUUGAUCCUUGCAAUUGGCUUCGAGCUUAUAGUUUGGUUCGUCCCAUCUCUCAUCGGCGGCGCAGUGGCCGUUGCCUUUGUGGGCAUGCUUCUUGGCCCCGUGUAUCCCAUUGUGAUGGUCCACUCCGGGCGCAUUCUUCCGUCAUGGCUCCUUACCGGAUGUAUUGGCUGGAUCGCCGGCUUCGGUCAGGCUGGUUCGGCAUUCUUCCCUUUCCUCACCGGUCUGCUUGCGUCUAAAGAGGGUAUCAAGAGUUUACAGCCGUUGCUGGUAUCUAUGAUGGGCUUCAUGGUUAUGAGCAAGAAGAAAUCUGAGGGUCAGGGCCAGAGCCAGACUUCCACCACCCAGCAUCAAGAUCCUAAUUAUGACCAGCGCGAGGAUCGCCAAGGGCGAGGUGUCGGUGUCGGUGGCGAUCCCAAUGCCAAUACUUACGCAGGAGGGAGAGGUGUUGGUGUAGGCGGAGACCCGAAUGCUGCCAAUUACUCCACUGGAGGGGUUGGGAGUGGCGGUGGACUCACCGGUCAAGACCACAGUGGUGUACAAGUUCCCACUGCUACCCAUCAAGGCGACGCCAAUCGCGCUGCGGGGACUGGCCAAGGGUAUAACGAGGGGACGACUCAUGGGCACCACCAUCAUCAUACUGGUGGCGGUGUCAAUCGCAUGGAAGGUCGGGCGGAGCAGAAAUUCGGCGACUUGGUCGGCAGCCGUGCCCUUCAAGCGCAAGGUGUGCAGAAGGACCGAGAGGCCGGCGCUAUCAAGGCCCAAGGCGCGGAGAUUGCUGAAGCAGAGCGACUCGAACAAGAGGCAUCGGUACACAGGGAGCGAGCUGUUGCUUCCGGUGCCCAUCCCGCCAACAAGCACUUGGGAGCCGGCUGGAGAGACAAUGGUGGAGGCGAUCAGAGGUACUGA